AUGCAUGUCGUAACUGCACCAACGCGUCAGCUCGUGUUCUUUCCUCUUUGGGCCGUGGCCGCGUUCCCCCUGUGGACGUGCUUGGCGUUGUUUUUUCUUCUGGCGAUGGCGUCCGCUUUUCUGGGACAAACGAAGAAAAACAGAAUAUAUAACUGGGCCAAAUUUUAUUCCCUUAAACCACACUCUCUCCCCUUCCCAUCCCACCAAACAACCAUUCGCAAAUCCACCACCACCAUGUUUUACAUUUCAGAUAACGUCAGCGUUGUCGAUGGAUUUGUCGUGUUAACUAUUGAAAAGGAGGGUGCUUCUGUCCGCAAGGUUGUCAAGAAGUUCCACCCCAAGAGCAAGCUGUUCCUGCUGGAGGAGCGCACCAAGCUGGCCAACUACGCCCUGGUGGACCUGGACGAGUACCACACCGCCUUCCCCGGCUCCGACCUUGUCCCCGUCCCCAGCUCCCAGCUCUUCUCCGUCUGCACCACCUCCAAGAGGCUCUUCUACACCACCCCAGACGGCUUCCGCAUCGUCAACAGCAAGACCCCAGACAGACACAGACGCUGCUCCCAGGAGUACACCGUCAUCCCCGUGGUCUACAAGGACAAGCCCACCAAGUACCUCUAUCUCAGGGACGAGACCCACUCCACGCAGUACCUGCUCGCCGACGUCACAGUCGACAGGGACAUUGUGCACUCCAAGGACUCGUCCUUCUUCGAACAGGAGAUGAAUGUGGGUGAGAUCGUGUUCACCGAGAACGAUCUGUCCGUCUUGGCCGGCUUCCAGCAGUACAAGGCCCAGUUUGCAGAGGACAUCUACUCCUACUUCUCCACCAUCUACUCCGAGGUCAGGUCCAGGUACCACCGCCGUCCGUACCUGUCCUCGUUCCACCGUCCAGGCUACGGGGAGACCUUCCCCAAGGACCUGCAGAUCCCCACCAUCCAGAAGUACAGCUCCAUGGGGUCUGCCUUUCUGUUUCUGGCGGAGGUGUUCCCACAACUCUCCUUUGCCGAGGACUUUACCUGCGAACAUGAACAGAGUCCGCCCAAGUCCAUUGAUGCCAUCGCCUCGUGGUUCACUUUCAAGCUGCUACCGGGCUCUGACAACGAACUGUGGUACCUUUUGGUGCGCAUCUGCUGCUACAACUGGCAGGACACCUCCGUGGCGUACCCAGCUCUCCACACCUUGAACUCCUUUCGCCAGCUGGUCGACUCUAUCCGGGCCCUGGCCACCUACUCUGUUCUCUACCGGUUUCUCCAUGCUGGGGCCAUCCCCGGUGACUCUACUGCCGAUGAGAUCUUCUUCACCAAGAAGAGUGAGCCAUGGACCUGGACCAACGUCAUGUACCACAAGCUGACCGUGGCGUACCAGAACUACACCAAGUUCAACGUCAGGGUGUGCAAGCCAGACGCCGUGCUUAUCUCAGGCAAGAAGUUCUCCCGAUCCUACAUCAGGGAGUUCUACGCCAACGUCAAGGAGCGUUUCGAGUCCAACCUCUCUGACCUGCGUCAGUAUUUCGACAAGGUCUUGUCUGUGCAGGCUGUUGCCGAUGCCACGCUGAACUCUCCCACUGCCAUCGAUGUUGCUGAGAAUAGAAUCAAACCAAGAAUUCGCUGUUGCUGUUGA